UUUUUGCUUUAGGCGAUGGAUGUGGAUCUCAUCACCUGAUGCAAUGCCCAGCCGCGCCCGGCACGAUCUCCCGUCCCCGUCCCCGCGUAUAAAACCGCCCGCCCCAUCGGAUCGCUCGCCGAGGAGUUCUUGGAUCGCGGCCGCUUCCACAUCAUUCCCACGCCGCGACGACCACUACCAACCACCGCCACCGGUCCACGCCACUUCCACUACUGGAAGCAGGGGAUCCGCCGCGCUCGAUCGAGGUCGUCGCGGGACGAAGGAAGGAGAAGAUAUGCCGGCCGCUCCCAGCCCCCGCGGCGCGGCGACGCCGCCCAGCAAGCCGCAGAGCCCGCUGCGCAUCACGCACGACGGCGAGUUCUACGCGCGCCUGCUCACCAGGGAGUCGUCCCUGGGCAACCCAUCCUUCCGCUACUACGGCGCGGGGCCCGGCGCCGUGCCCUUCGUGUGGGAGUCGCAGCCGGGCACGCCCAAGGACGCCUACUCCUCCUCCCGGAUGAUGCUGGCCGCGGGCGCCGCCGGCGGCGGCGCCCCCGCCAUCACCCCGCCGCCCUCCUACCACCUCCGCGGCGCGCCGCUCGGGCACAGGGCCCGACGCCACGGCAAGGCCCGCGGCGGCGGCGGCAGGUACAGCGGGUGCAGGCUCAGGUGGAUAAAGGUCGGCUUCAUCGCCACCGUCUUCCGCCGCCUCGGCAGCUUCGGUAAGUCCUGCAGGUCCUCGUCGUCGUCGGUCAAGCCCUCGCCGUCCACCCGCUGGUUCUUCUCCGGCUCCAGCGCCGCCGAAGCCCGCGACCAGGAGUACUGCGGCGGCUACGACGAGCCCGCGCCGCCGCCGCCGAAGAGGACGAAAGGGGUGCUCUCCCUCGGCGUCCGGCCGAGCCCGUGGAUGGUGCAGCUCUGCAGCGGCCAGCAGGAGCAGGCCGCCGGCUGGGUGUACGGCUGGCGCCCGUAGCUAGUCGCCCGGCCCUCCCGCCGCCGGUCGCUGUCGAGCGAACAGCGAAGCGCAUGUCCGCCGUCCGGCCGGCCCCUGUCCAUGAAUGCGCGUGGUUGAUCGGGGCACGUCGGGGCGCCCUAAUUAUUUAAGUGAUCUGUAGGAGCUAAUUGUUCACGCGUGAUGGAUGUUCGUGUUCGAUCUGGUGUCCGUCACUGUUCUUGGAAGCAAGAUAAGAAGAUAAAGCUCUUCGUUCCGGUCGUUUAGUGGCGUCGUGUUGCCAUGGCCGGGUAUAUUUGUAGGCAACGUAUCUAGUGCAAAUCAAGGAUCUCGUGCAAACUCGUGCAAACCUAUUAAACAAAGUUUCAAAAAAUUCUGAAAAAAAUCAUGAAUGUGCUUCUCA